AUGGCUGCUGCAAAUGACAACAACGCUCUGGCUGCUGUGGCAGAACCAAGAACACCGACGUCGACUCCGGCAUCAGGCCCAGUGUCCCCUGGCGUAGCACCCGUCCACCAAUGCAGACAAUGCCGUGCUUCCUUCUGCCAGCCUCUCGGUUGCGGCCAUGUCUAUUGUGAUGAGUGCGCUGGCCCUCACCACAAGUGCCCCGAGUGCGAUCGCCAGCUUGUGCCUCCCAAGCCCUCUCCAGAAAAACCCACCAAGACUACAACCCCCUCCGAAGAUGGCCUUUUCAGCCCUGUCUUCCAAAAGAGAAUCGACAACCGAAUCCGUACAAUAUACUACAUCUCGCUCUGUUCUUUCUGGACCUCUGUCGUCGUAGGUGUGCUUGCAAUCAUUGCCAUUAUCAUUGGGGCAAGCAAGGCACGGUCAGUUUGA